AUGCUAUCCCACGCCACCUCAGGGACCCUUGGGUUCCCCCGCAACCUCAGGAAGCCCAGCUUUCUCAGCCACCUCAGUGAGCCUAGGUUCCCCCGCCACCUCAGGAAGACCAGCUUCCUCAGCCGCCCAGGCACCCCAGGUUUCCCCGCCACCUCAGGGAGCCUAUACUUCCCCCGCCACCUCAGGGGGCCCAGCUUUCUCAGCCACCUCAGGGAGACCAGAUUUCUCCGCCACCCAAGAUUUCCCCGCCACUACAGGGAGCCCAGUUUUUUCUGCCACCCCAGCUCUCCCUGCCACCUCAGGGAGCCAAGCUUUCUCCGCCAUCUCAGGGACACAAGGUUCACCCGCCACUUCAGGGUCCCUUGCUUUUGCCUCGCCACCCCAGGGAGCCCAGGUCCUGCAAGCUCCCCAGGCAAAACAGGUUCCCCCGCCACCUCAAGGAUCCCAGCUUUUCCCGCCACCCCGGUUCCCUAA